AUGCCAAAAAGUCUUAAGAAAACAUCGAAGCAUAUCUCGAAGAAGAGAGGAGGAGAGGUUACAGCUUUACACGAAGGAUCUCGGGAUUCUCUGAGUUUAAGAAGAGCAGGAGGAAGAGAUGAUAAAUUAGAAAGAAUGGCUGCUGAGAGAAAGAGACAUAACCGUCCCAUACUGGAGCGAGCUCUUUAUUUCCAAAAUGCCAUAAAAGAAAAUGGAGUGAAGCCACUCGAGCUUGAUGCGAUUCACAGUCUCAUAAAAACUUUCGUGCAUCAAAACGAUGAAGAGCUUAAUGCUAUAAAGAAACAGCGUCGUCCUGGGAGACCUGCGAGUACAAGAGAGGACCUCUUGAAAAUCAAAAUCGCAGCGGACGAGAAAGAAUACGAAAAUGGAUUCUAUCUACCAGACCUCACUGAUUCGGAUAAUGUAAUGGCUUUUGCGCUUUGGGAAAAAUCCACCUGGUCAUAUCUUAACACCUUGAAAUGGGUGCGCUUGUCGAGCAGUGGACAUAUUCAAGAGACUAAAUUCCCACCCAAAGGAUCAUCAUGAUUGAGUUAAGCAGAACUGGCGGCGUUAGUGGAGUUUAUAUCAAUACCCAAAAUUGCGGGAGCAAAUUGCGGAUGAUAUGGUUCGGACGAUAUUGUUGUUAUUUGUGCUAUGGGGUUUGUAUGUUUGCAUGUUUGAAACUUUGAAUAGAGUUGAGACAUUCAACAAAUCUACAAAUAACGAACUUAAAAUAAUAAAACACAUUUCUAUCACAUACGGAGUAGUAGCUAAUACCUAAA